AUGCCAGACGGAAACAGGACGACGAAGCGCUGGCUACCCGGGAAAUAUGAGGACGGCGAAGAGUCUACAGAUAGCGACGAGACAGGGAGUGAUCAUAUAUCCCCACUUGAUCCGAAUGAAGGUCAUAACUUCAGCCACUGGAUGGCGAUGCUCCAGGAUGAUCUGAGGGAUGACGGGCAUACAGACAGCAACAGGACGACGGUAUACAAAAACCACCAGAAUGAGCGGGAGAGUGACCAGCACACAGACAGCAACAAGCCGCUACCCCGCCAGGCUCUGGAGCAUGGCCGGGGUACACGAAGCAACAGGAUGUCAGCAAACCGGCUAUCCCAGCAAGACCUGACGAGUGAAUUGCGUUUAUUUCGACGAAGAAGUAAUCCUAGGACGUCACUCGGAGUAACAUCAUACUGGUUUCAAGAUGAGUUGGAUGACAAGACUAGGGAGCUGACAGAAGCACAACGGAAAGUCAUUGACCUGGACGCAGAGAAUCGCAAGGUAGCAAGGCAAUUGGAGCAACUCACCGAGACCCUUAUUGAGCGAGCCCAUGAGUUGGAGAUCAGGGACAAUGAAUUAAGGGAUACCCGGAACGCACUCAACCUAGAAAAAGCACAAAAUGAGCUGAAAGAGACAACCCUGCGCCACGCGGAGAGUACCAAUGCCGAGAUUCAGGCAGAGAGCCGUAGGGCGCUCAGCCGAGCUCAUGAGCAAUCCAAGGAGUACAAAGCAGGAUUAUCUCAUCAGGCGAUGGAGAUUAGGGGUCUCAAGGAGGAAUUAGUGACUGCCAGCCGCGAGGUUCACGAGGCCAAACGUCAACUAAGCAAAAGCGACAAGCUUAGCAGUGAUCUUGACGCCUUGGUGAAAAAGCUUCAGGACGAGAACGAAUUGCUAAAAGCGCGGUACGCCGAGAUGUCAGCCGAGCCGGAUGAAACAUCAUGGCUUGCACAGCAUCCCAAGAACCUUCAAUCCUCCAGCAGUCCUCCCGUUCCCAUUCCCAGGCGAGGCCAAACGUCACAGAUUUUGUCGCCAAGCUCAGCUCAGCAGACCGAAUUGGAGAACCAUGAUAGCGAUGCAAGAAGCCAGCGAACAGACUCAACGUCAUCUUCCGACUUUCCAGCGGCCGCGUUUCGAAAAUCACAUUCGAGUUCGGGGUCAGCUUCCAGGAUACAUGAAGCGUUACCGCUAGAACUGUUAAUUCAGCAGGACUCUGGAAUGCCAGUGGCAGAACCAGAGAUUCUCCACGAUGUUUCCCCCAUAUAUGAACGCCCCCCCAUCGAGCCACUGGAUGAUUCGGCUAAGCGAUCUGCUGCUGGAAGCCUGUCCUCCCUGAUAGAAGGGAUAUCGAGUAUAAUUCGGAAGCGGCCUUUGUCUGCCCCGGAAUAUCGGCCAGAAGUGGAGUGUAUGGAGGUAGACACAGCGACAAAUCAUGUCAAGAAGAUGCGCUUCAACGAGUCGAAACGAUUUUCAGAGCAGCCCGAGGAUUCUGCACUCAAGAUGUCGCCGACCUUGCAAUCCUUUCCAGAUUUGGAGAAGAGAAAGUCCAUUCGUGGAGCACUGCAGAGUUGGAUGUGUGGACCGAUUUCACGAAGGUCAGAUGUCAUCUAUCACUCUGGACCGGAAGCCGGAAGCCCCACUCAAGCCAAUUCUCGGGUCCGCAGAUACCAAAAAGCUCCUGUUAAAUCACUGAGCGCUCGCCAAAGGGAAGGGCUAAAGGCCAACUUACCUUUCAUCAAAGUGGAACAGCCGCCCAAGAAAGCAAGAAAACUAUUCCAACAUGACCAGCGCUACACAAAGCCAGUGUACCUCCCGGAUGAAUAUGAGUCGCAUCGCCUGAGCGUAGGGAAAUUUCGGACAACACCAAAGGCUUGGACCAACUUAUCUAUCCCGAAUACCCAUGAAGAAUACGGGGAAGAUCCUUACCAUAACGACUGGGAUCCUCCAAGCCCGACUGAAAGCGUUCAAUUGGCGGAGGCUGUGAGCAAGACACCUGUGCCCUCCCGGUGGAUUGUGGCGGCAGGGUUCCUGAUAGCCCUGGUGGCUAUUUCCGUGAUCUUCUAUCAGUCUGCUGGGUGCACCAAACAAUGUCACCGGAUGUGGGUGCAGUCCAAUGCGGUGCCCGAUGAGAUCUUGGGUAUGCUGCGAAGUAGACCAUCGUCGGAUGCUCGAGUAUUGCGGGUGAUGGACUAUAAUAUUGCUCGAUAUGUGGGGUCCCCAUCGGGUUUGAUAGGAUGA